AUGUCCGCUAGAUCAGCAAGAGUGGCACAACAAUCGCCUGGCCGAAUGCGAGCCAACACGGGUCAACCGUUGAGAUCACCCGCUGAACAACAGCAACAUCAACAUCAGCGUCAACAUCAGCAACAACAUCAGGAACAGCAGGAACAGGAACGAUCUUUCAUUUACGAAGACGAUGCCGGCGAUAUUGUGGAGUUUGAAGACCCUUACGACGAUGUUGAUGUCGGCACAAUCCUUCAAUCCUUUCAGGACGAGCUCGAGGCUCUUAAUAAUCGAUGGAAACAGGUCGAAUCCCACCUUUCUCUACUAACCUUUACGAAUGGAAGACCCAUCACCGAUGAUGGUACUUCGAGUACAAAUCGAGGCACACCUAACAGAAGUCGCAACGCAAAUAUCAACACUCCCAGCAGACAAAGUAAGGAAAAUCAAACCAUGUCAAACUUCAACACAGCGACAAAGAGCAACAAAACGACCAAUGACAAGCAAUAUGAGACACCACAGCUGGUACCAACUUACACUACCUACACCACAGAUUCCAAGGCACCUUUUUCCGUUAAAGAUCCUCCACCUAGUGCCGAACGUUUCUCGCCGUUGCGCAAUUAUGUCGAUCGCAGCACUCCGGUGCGCAGAGAAAAGGGCGAAUCGUCAGUUCGAUCCUAUAGCACUCGCCAUAGUGUCGAAACACCUGCAGAGCCACCUCCCGCACCUGUAGAAACACCUCAUCCUGCAUCGUAUGCCACUCCUAAUCGGCAACGACGUGAGCAGCCACCACGAAUGCGCACGGAUCCACAAGAUGACAUUCUUUCCCAACUCAAGGCUGCACUCGAAGCACAAGAGAAGCAGCUUCAAACCUUGGAAUUGGAGAACCAAACUCUAAAGGAGCAACUGCACGAGCAGCCAGAAAUCGGUCGGGACCGACUCUUGUUUGCAUCUGAACUAGGAAGUAUUACCAGCAACCUGCAAUUGGACCUUGAUGAGACUAUGACUGGUACGACUACGAUGAAUGCCAAGUACACACCACCGCCACAAGCUCCUCCACCUCCUGCUCCUGUUGACCCCAGAAUGGAGAACGAAUAUGGAUUGCCAGAUGAAGGAUAUCGCGGACACCAUCGCACCAUGGAAAGCUCGGGGAUGCCUCCCGUUGUUCCACGACGAGAUGAUAAUGAUGGUGUAUACGAAAUUCCUCCAAACAACGAUCAAAGACAAGGCUACGAGCCCCUCGGAAGACGUCCCGUCGAUAUAUCACAUGACGAUGUCUCAUCGUUUCGGCCCACUCCCAUGUCAACACCAGCUAGAAAUCCAACCAGUCCGCCCAAACGCGUUCAUAUCUCGUCCGCACAAGGAGGUGAUGCCACCAAUCAUCAAAGUCACCACCAAACUCGGCGUCAAACUACAACGACAACGACAACUUUGGGCACAGUAGCGAUCCCAGAAGAAGAACUAUGGGUGUCGGAAGGCUUGAGCCGGGGAACACGGUUUGUAGCCAAGCUGUCAAAAUUGAUGGACGUUCAACCAGGACAGCAGGCGCCGAUGUCUGUUCUGGUGGACCAGCAUUGGGACGAAAUCAAACACUUUUUUGAAAGUACGAGUAGUGACUAA